AUGUCGAAUACCGCCGUGCCCAUCGAACUACCCGUCAUUGACAUCUCGAACCCCCAUGACCCCGCCGUGGGGAAGGCGAUGCUCGAUGCAGCGGCCAAAUAUGGCUUCUUGUACGUGAAUAGCAAGGGCACGGAUUUCACCGCGCAGGACGUGGAUCAUGCUUUUGGCCUUUCCCGAAAGUUUUUCGCCUCUCCGGUCUCGGACAAGGAGACAUGUCGCAUUACGCCAAAUAAUCGCGGCUGGUCUGGCAUGCACACAGAGACAUUGGAUCCUGAGCAUCAACGGACCGGUGAUUUUAAAGAAGCUAUGAACUUCGGCGACUUCAAGAAUGGCAAGGCGCAACAGCCUCUCCCAACCUCUCUGACACCUCACGAGUCGGAGAUCGCUGACUUUGCUCAGCUGUGCAACAAAACCUGCAAGAGGAUCUUGGAUUUGCUCUCUCUGGGCCUCGAGAUGCCGGAAGACUUCUUCGCAAGUCGACAUGACCCCAGCAGUGGUCCAACAGGUAGCAUCCUCCGCUUCCUCUGGUAUCCAUCCAUCUUCUCGCCCGAGACCGCAUCUUACAAACACGACAAGGAUGUGCGUGCCGGCGCUCACUCCGAUUACGGCAGUAUCACGCUGCUUUUCCAAAGACCAGGUCAACCGGGUCUGGAAAUCCUGACGCCCGAAGGCUCGUGGGCCCCAGUGCCCAUCAUUCCCGGUGACCAGCCUGACGCGUUCCCCUUCCCGCCAAUUUUGGUGAAUAUCGGGGAUCUGCUGAGCUAUUGGACUGAUGGGCUCCUCAAGUCGACCGUGCACCGGGUGGUGUUUCCUCUGGAGGAGCAGCGGAGCCCGAACCCACAGGAUCGAUAUACCGUUGUGUACUUCUGCCAUCCAGUGGACACGACCGAGUUGGUGCCUGUGCCAAGUCAAAUUGUAGCUGAGCAUCGACAGAAGACAGGUGGAUUGAAGGGCGACGCAGCAGUGGGCUUUGGUGGUGGUGCUGGAAGCCUCGAGCCGGGCAAGAGACCCUUGACCGCAUGCGAGCAUUUGGAAUCGAGGCUGGCGGCCACAUACGGGUUCACAAAAGAGGCAUAA